AUGUCGGAUUUAGCAGCACUUGGUUCCAAACUCUUCAGCGCCAAUCCAGAAUCUCGACCGAAAAUCGUGGGCACUGAGAAGCGAGUCCGGGGAGUGCUCAAUGGCAAAUACAUUUUUGACACCACAGCCGCGAAGCUAGUAUGGGAGAAUGGGUUUUAUCCUUCGUAUUGGAUCCCCAAGUCCGACUUUCUCGAUACCGCCAAGUUCACAGAGGACAAGCCGAUUUCUGGCAUCGACUCUUCAACCUCGACACUGAGCGUCGGCGAUAAAUCUGUCCCUUCGCUCGUGGUUCCCGACUCGUUCAAUUCUGAGCUGGUCGGCUACGUGAAAAUGGACUUCAAGGCCCUCGACGCUUGGUAUGAGGAGCAGGCACAGGUUCUCUACCACCCCAAAGACCCGUACCACAGAGUCGAUCUCCUCCCAUCGGGGCGACACGUGCGGAUUGAAGUCGACGGAGUGUGUCUCGCCGACACGGGCUCCGAAGGCGGAGUCAUGUCCCUGUGGGAAACCAAUUUCCCCGCCCGCUGGUAUCUCCCUCGCACGGCAAUCAAAUGGGAGUAUCUCACACCGAGUGAUACGCAUACCGGAUGCCCAUACAAAGGGGAAGCCAGCUAUUACAAUGCCGUGAUUAAUGGCAAGGAAAUCAAGGAUGUGGCUUGGUGGUAUAAGAAUCCGACACAAGAGAGUGCCGGUAUCAUUGGCAUGUUGUGUUUCUACCCAAAUAAAGUCGAUACCUGGGUUGAUGAGAAGGAAAUUGCAAAGAUCGGGAUGCCUACUCUCAAGAAGUAA